GGCCCCUGCGCGAGGAUGACUCACAAACGCGAACUGGAAAUGUUCGAAAAAUUCCAUCGCCGAGCCCUCGAGUCCGAUCCAUUCAGAUCAAACCACCCUGAGGGCGAUUCAGAUCAAACCACCCUGAGGGCGCGUGAUAGCACUGGAAACCAUCGAGGUCAUUCUCAAACUCGCGCUCUCUUCCAUUCCAUGUAUCUGACCGCAAGCACGACCAUCUACUCUCGGAUGCAUCUGACUGUAAUCACGUCCACAGCCUCGUCGAUCAAGUCCUGGUAUAACAGUAUGCCCUGAGAGGAUGGUCGCGAGUCGAGUCCGAUCCAUUGAGAUCAAACCACCCUGAAGGCGCUUGAUGGCACUGGAAAACAUAGAGGUCAUUCUCAAACUCGCCCUCUCUUCCAUUCCAUUCCAUGUAAUAUCUGACCGCAACUACGACCAUCCAUACUCGGAUGCAUCUGACUGUAAUCACGUCCAGAGCUUCGUCGAAAAUGUCCCGGUACAGUAUGCCCUGAGAGGGUCGUCGCGAGCGUGUGUCAACUCGUCUCGAGCUGUCGUUGCUGGGGAUGGCGGACGCCAAACCCUCUCAACCCGCAGUGCAAUCGGAUGGCAGCGCAGAGCAGCAGCAGCAGCAGCAGCAGCAGCAGCAGCAGGAGGCUGCUUCUCAAUUACCGAAGCAGGAAGAUCAAGGGGGAAAAACCGAGGAGUGGCUGCCUCCAGAAGCAGGGGCAGGCUUUGACAAUCCACUGGAGGGAUUAGCAGCUCAGCGAGCAGCUAUGGAGCUGCAGGGAAAGAUCGAGCUACAUGCCCUUCCUGUCAGAAACUAUCUCGAGUCAUCCGUCGUGCCAAUUCUGCUGCAGGCACUAUACGUACUAGUGAGAGAGAGACCUGAGAAUCCUGUGGAGUACCUUGCGGCAUUUCUGCUAAAAAACAACCCACAAAAGCCAACUCAGCCGGUGGCGGCGGUGGCGGCGGCGGCGGGGGCGGGGGCGGGGGCCGGGGCGGCACCGGGGGCGGCGGCAGGCGCGGCGCCUGGGGUGGUGGCGGGGAUGGCGGCGGAGGCACCGAAGCCAACAUGAAACCUCUUCUGCUUAUUCCAACAAGAAGGAAAAUGUGCAUGAUGAUGAAUCAGGGGUUUGUACUACUCACACGAGGACUUUGCUGGAUGAAUCUGGCCGCAAUUACAGCGUGGCGUGGAUGUAUCUAACUGCAAUUACGUCCUGAGCUCAGUCGUAAAACUCCCUGUUUGAGUAUGCAUGCUCUCUCAAUCCUGUGGGCAUGCUCUCUAUCCUGUGGGCCACGAAAUCAAAUUCCCGUCAUCUG